AUGUUGGGGAAUUACUCUAGUGCCACUGAAUUUUAUCUUCUUGGCUUCCCUGGCUCUGAAGAACUCCACCACAUUCUCUUUGCCACGUUCUUCUUCUUCUACUUGGUGACACUGAUGGGAAAUAUGGUCAUCAUUGUGAUUGUUUGUGUCGAUAAACGUCUGCAGUCUCCCAUGUAUUUCUUCCUUGGCCACCUCUCUGUCCUGGAGAUCCUGAUCACAACUGCAAUCAUCCCUGUGAUGCUUUGGGGGUUGCUACUUCCUGGGAUGCAGAGAAUAUCUUUGACUGCGUGCAUUGCUCAACUCUUCCUGUACCUUGCUCUGGGAACCAUGGAGUUUGUAUUACUGGGAGCGAUGGCUGUGGACCGCUAUGUGGCUGUCUGUAACCCUUUGAGAUACAACAUCAUUAUGAACAGCUGGACCUGCAACUUUGUGGUAAUUGUGUCGUGGGUGUUUGGGUUCCUUUUUCAAAUAUGGCCAGUUUAUGCCACAUUUCAGUUUACCUUCUGCAAAUCAAAUCUGCUAGAUCACUUUUACUGUGACCGAGGGCAGUUGCUCAAACUGUCCUGUGAUGACACUCUUUUCACAGAGUUUGUUCUUUUUCUAAUGGCUGUUUUUGUUAUCAUUGGCUCUUUGAUCCCGACAAUUGUCUCUUACACCUACAUCAUCUCCACCAUCCUCAAGAUCCCCUCAGCCUCUGGUCGGAAGAAAGCCUUCUCCACCUGUGCCUCCCACUUCACCUUUGUCAUCAUUGGCUACGGCAGCUGCUUCUUCCUUUAUGUGAAACCCAAGCAAACGCAGGCAGCUGAGUAUAACAGAGUAGCAUCACUGCUGGUUUCAGUGGUAACCCCUUUCCUCAACCCUUUAAUAUUCACCCUCCGGAAUGACAAAUUCAUACAGGCCUUUCGUGAUGGCAUGAAACGCUGCUAUAAAAUAUUGAAGGACUAG